UGGAGUAACCCAUUUGCAAAUGUUUAAAUGAGAGGGUGGGUAGUUGCAUAAUUUGAUUUUAAAUUAAAAAAUAAUUAUAACAUGAUUCCUGAAAGAAAACGAUUUGUACUUGAAUUUUGAAAUUGAAAAUUAGAAGGUAGGGGUUAAGGUAAUUUGGAGGACUGACAGCCCCCUUCCAUGGGACUCCCGCCCUACGGGUGGAGUUCGGUCGGGGGCGGCUGUAGCAUUUUCCAGGUAAUUUCCCUGCAUCAUAUUUGUUUGGACGAAAUUGCCCUGCUACUUUGGUAGGAGACUUGCCACGGUUAGGGCACUGAAAAAUGAAAUUCCCAAAAAAAUCGGCCCAUUAAAUUUGUUCAUGGCCAUAAGCCCUAAGUACUGCACCUUGGAAGAUAUACCACCAAAUUAUUUGUAAGGUUUAUGAAGAUGCCAUUUUGAAUCCCCAAUUCUUAGAUUUUCAAUUCAAUACAACCAAAGGAAAUGUCGAAACGAAAAUUCGGUUUCGAAGGGUUCGGCAUGAAUCGCCAAGCUUCGUACAACUUCGAGCGAUCCUCAGCUCCUCAACGGCUUUACGUUCCUCCGUCGUCUCGCUCCUCUGGUGGCAGCUACGACAAUUACGAAGAUACUGACCUUGACAACAUUGAGUACGCCGACGACCGUGAAAACGACUCCAUUAAUGGUGCCGGUGGUGGUGAUGAGAUUGAUCCUCUGGAUGCGUUUAUGGAGGGUAUACACGAGGAGAUGAACGCGGCGCCGCUACCGAAGGCAAAGGAGAAGUUGGAUAAGUAUAAAGACGACGAAGAUGAGGAGGAUCCGAUGGAGAGUUUUUUGAGAGCUAAGAAGGAUGUAGGUUUACAAUUGGCUGCUGAGGUUCUUCACGCGGGGUAUAAUUCUGAUGAGGAGGUGUACGCCGCAGCUAAGGCGGUGGAUGCUGGAAUGCUCGAGUACGAUUCUGAUGAUAAUCCGAUUGUUUUGGAUAAGAAGAAGAUUGAGCCUAUCCUGGCUCUCGAUCACAGCUUGAUUGAUUACGAGCCCUUUAACAAGGACUUCUACGAGGAAAAGCCUUCCAUUUCUGGUAUGAGUGAGCCGGAUGUUACUGAGUACAAGAAGAGCUUGGCCAUUCAUGUGUCGGGUUUUGAUUUUCCAAGACCUGUUAAGACUUUUGAAGACUGUGGUUUCUCUGUGGAGCUAAUGAAAGCCAUAGCUAAACAAGCAUAUGAAAGGCCCACGCCAAUACAGUGCCAAGCUCUGCCCAUUGUGCUUUCAGGAAGAGAUGUCAUUGGAAUAGCCAAAACUGGUUCAGGAAAGACUGCGUCCUUCGUGCUUCCUAUGAUUGUCCAUAUUAUGGAUCAACCUGAGCUUGGGAAAGAAGAAGGCCCAAUUGGAGUAAUAUGUGCACCUACUAGGGAACUAGCUCAUCAGAUAUAUUUAGAAGCUAAGAAAUUUGCAAAGGCAAGUGGGAUUCGUGUCUCUGCAGUUUAUGGUGGAAUGUCUAAACUUGAUCAGUUCAAGGAGCUGAAGGCAGGAUGUGAGAUAGUUGUCGCUACCCCAGGGAGGUUGAUAGACAUGAUAAAAAUGAAGGCAUUGACGAUGUUGAGAGCUACGUACUUAGUACUUGAUGAGGCUGAUCGAAUGUUUGAUCUUGGUUUUGAGCCUCAAGUUAGGUCUGUUGUUGGUCAAAUAAGGCCAGAUCGACAAACCUUACUCUUCUCAGCUACUAUGCCGCGCAAAGUUGAAAAACUUGCAAGGGAGAUACUGACUGAUCCUGUAAGGAUUACCGUGGGAGAAGUUGGUAUGGCCAAUGAGGAUAUAACACAAGUUGUUCAAGUAAUUCCAUCAGAUGCUGAAAAAUUGCCAUGGCUCCUUGAAAAGCUUCCUGUGUUGAUAGAUGAAGGUGAUGUUCUGGUUUUUGCUUCAAAAAAGAACACAGUGGACGAAGUAGAAUCACAGCUUUCACAGAGGGGUUUAAGAGUUGCUGCUCUGCAUGGUGACAAAGAUCAGGCUUCUCGAAUGGAGAUAUUGCAAAAAUUUAAAUCUGGAACAUACCAUGUUCUCAUUGCAACUGAUGUUGCUGCUCGUGGUCUUGACAUCAAGUCAAUUAAAUCUGUGGUCAAUUUUGAUAUAGCAAAAGAUAUGGACAUGCAUGUCCAUCGAAUUGGAAGGACAGGUCGUGCUGGUGACAAAGACGGAACUGCAUACACUCUCAUAACAGAGAAGGAGGCACGGUUUGCAGGUGAAUUAGUCAACAGUUUGAUUGCUGCUGGUCAAAACGCAACUAUGGAGCUGAUGGAUCUUGCCAUGAAGGAUGGGAGGUUCAGAUCCAAACGUGAUGCACGGAAAGGAGGUGGGAAAAGAGCUAAAGGGAGGGGCGGAGGUGGUAACCGAGGUGUGCGAGGCGUGGAUUUUGGAUUGGGUAUUGGGUAUAGUCCAGAAUCCAAUGCAGCAUCAAAUACCGUUCCAAGUCGUUCGGCCACCGCAGUUAAUUCACUGAGGACAGGGAUGAUGGCAAAAUUUAAAAGCAAUUUUGUUGCUGCAUCAUCAAAUUCCCAAAAUCAGGUUGUGAACCAUAAUCCAGGCAUGCUUGCCAAUAAAAGAAUGGCUUUGCCGGGCUUUGUAUCUGGAGGCACUAUAGGUGGAGAUGUUCAUACUACCGAUAAAACCAGUUCAACUGGUACUGCUUCUGUGUCAAUCAUUGCCACUCAGAAUUCCAGAGAUAACGCGAACCAAAAACACUCAGAAAGCUCCAGAGAAAGGCCUAGAGAAAGGCGGAGGCCCUCUGGUUGGGAUCAGUAAUCUGUACAGGAAAAGAUUUGCUCGUUCAUGGAUGGUAGCUUAUACCUUUUAGGGCCUGUUUGUGCCUCUUUAAUUUGAAAAAUUGUAUUAUGGAAUAUUGAUUAAUGUUGAAAUAUGUGGUUAAAAAAAAAAAAAGAAGGAAAUUUUUUUGAUUUAUGUGUAAUAUUAUUUUAAUGAAGAAUGUGUAGUGGAAAAUGAGUACUGUAGAAAAAAUAACAUAGUAAAUUGGUUGACGAACAAAGGCUUAAUGUUGAAUUGCUAUUGUAUCGUGUC